CGUCGUUGUGCUCCGUCUUCAGUGCUCCCACCAAGGACCCAAAGUCAUCCUCCCAAUCAGCGCAUCGCUGCUUCGACGUCUCCCCGGGAAGAGCACCUCGUCUUCGGCGUGGAUCUGCAGCGCCUCGCCGCUAAACACAUAAUUGGAUCAUCCCCGCGGCUUGACAGCGACAACUCAGGAACGUCCAAUAGCCGGAGGCGAGAGAUCAGCCACGCCGAUUCAACUAAUCCGUCUGACGGCUCCUUCCUGCCGGAGGUGUGCGCCACUCGGUGCCCAGGGAAGGACGAAGCGGCUCGGGCGGGCGGUCGGGGUGCUGCAGCCGGCACGAUGAUCAUAACACUGCGGGCUCUCCUGGAGCAAGGGAGGACGUUUUUGGAUGCACAAAGAGCAGUGAUCGAAGAUUUUGCCAUGAACAAAAACAAGAAAGAGCGAGAGUUCUACAGCCUGGAUGUAGGGGACUCAACCUUUACAGUAUUGAAACGAUACCAGAACCUAAGACCCAUCGGCUCAGGGGCGCAGGGGAUCGUCUGCUCAGCCUAUGACCAAGUCCUUGAGAGAAACGUCGCCAUCAAGAAGCUGAGUCGGCCAUUUCAGAACCAGACUCAUGCCAAGAGGGCCUUCAGGGAGCUGGUGCUCAUGAAAUGUGUCAAUCACAAAAAUAUCAUCGGCCUGUUAAAUGUUUUCACACCUCAAAAAUCCCUAGAAGAGUUCCAGGAUGUAUACUUGGUGAUGGAGCUGAUGGACGCCAACCUUUGUCAGGUCAUUCAGAUGGAGCUCGACCACGAGAGGCUGUCUUAUCUGCUCUAUCAGAUGUUGUGUGGUAUCAAACACCUCCACGCCGCCGGCAUCAUUCACAGGGACUUGAAACCCAGCAACAUUGUCGUCAAGUCAGAUUGCACACUGAAGAUUUUGGACUUCGGCUUGGCUCGAACAGCCGCUACGGGCCUCCUGAUGACACCUUACGUGGUGACGCGCUACUACAGAGCACCAGAAGUCAUCCUGGGCAUGGGCUACCAAGCCAACGUGGACAUUUGGUCCGUGGGCUGCAUACUGGCUGAAAUGGUUCGCCAUAAAAUCCUUUUCCCCGGACGGGAUUACAUUGAUCAGUGGAACAAAGUCAUCGAGCAGCUCGGCACGCCAACUCAGGACUUUCUCAUGAAACUCAACCAGUCGGUGAGAACGUACGUGGAAAACCGGCCUCGCUACGCCGGAUACAGCUUUGAGAAACUCUUCCCGGACGUUCUCUUCCCUGCCGAUUCCGACCACAACAAACUGAAAGCAAGCCAGGCAAGAGAUCUUUUAUCCAAGAUGUUAGUGAUCGACGCCUCCAAGCGCAUAUCUGUAGACGAGGCCCUGCAGCACCCCUAUAUCAACGUUUGGUACGACCCAGCCGAAGUGGAGGCGCCCCCGCCCAAGGUUCUUGACAAGCAGCUGGAUGAGAGGGAGCAUACUGUGGAGGAGUGGAAAGGGCUGAUCUAUACGGAAGUCUGCGACUGGGAGGAAUGGACGAAAAAUGGAGUCAUCAGAGGACAGCCGUCUCCUCUAGGUGCAGCAGUGAUUGACAGCCCCCCUCAACCCUCUGCCUCCUCCUCCUCCUCCUCCUCUUCAGCCAAUGAUGUGUCGUCCAUGUCCACAGAGCCCACGGUGACCUCUGAAACGGACAGCAAUUUGGACAGCCACACCACUCUCGGGGCUCUGGCUUGUUGCAGAUAACACACACACACACACACACACACACACACACACACUUACUCAACUGUAACCUAUCCUCAUCAGUGCACCUUAUAUAGUGUUUGAGAUGAGAUAGUUCUCAUGUUAGUUUGUAGAGCUGCGCUUUUAAUGUACAGUUUGUUGUUAUUGCCCUCAAUACUACUGUAAAUGUUUUGAAAUUGUACCAUUAUUAUUAUUAUUAUUAUUAUUAUGGUAUUUUUGCUGCAAAAGAAUCAAGAGUGUGUUUUGAUGUGAACCUUGUAACGAGAGGAAAGCAUUAGAAUGAAUUUCAACACCGUUUUUUAGCUGCAGCUACACAGUGACCACUGUUAGCACCACACUGUUAUUUUUUAAAAUAUCUUCUUAAAAUGCUGAUUCAGCAUUCGGGUGACGUUUUGAAUGAAUUCGCCAUCCAGUAGGUUUUAUUAUGAAUGUUACAAUGCAUACCUGUAAAGCGUUUUCCUCCAUGUUGGCGUAUUUUCACACGCGUUGGAUGUCACUGGUUUCCCUGUAAAACUCACUUUUUUAACUGUAAUUUCUCGGUUAAACAACAGGGUGAAUGUACGCAAAAAAAGACAAACAAGGCGCCGAAAGUAGGAACAAUGCAAACAUUUUAAUCUUAGCAGAGUUAAUUACCUGAAACAUUGGUCGGACGUACUUAUUUAAACAACUUUCUUGUCAUAUUUAAUCCAUCCAUCCAUUUUUAUACCGCUUGUCCCUCUCGGGGACGCGGGGGUGCUGAAGGAUGAAUUAAAAUUUGAGCUGUAAAUCUUAAAAUAAACAAUAUUUUAAUGUGCCAAAAUGCAAAUUUGUCCCGUCAUAUUUUUCCAGUUCUGUUGGCCGAUUAUUUUUAAAUUUAGAUUUUAUUACGGUGAAAAAAAAUGAGGGCUUUCCCUUAUAAAAUGCUUCGUAAUACAUGCUAGUACACAUGGAAUACACAAAUCCUCAGUUUUAUGAUUAUAAAUUAAAUGGGCAAUCGCUCAUGGAUAAUUACGAUACCCAAAAACCAGAGAAGUUGGCACGUCGUUGAAAUUUUAAAUAAAAACAAAAUACAAAUCCUUAUCAACCUGUAUUCAAUUGAGUAGACUGCAAAGACAAGAUACUUAACAGUCAAACUGGUAAAUGUUGUUUUUUUUUGCAAAUAUUAGCAAAAAAAGACUGAGAAAGUUGAGGAAUGCUCAUCAAACACUUAUUUGGAACAUCCCACAGGUGAACGGGCUAAUUGGGAACAGGUGGGUGCCAUGAUUGGGUAUAAAAGCAUCCAUCCAUCCAUUUCCUACCGCUUAUUCCCUUUUUGGGGUCGCGGGGGGCGCUGGCGCCUAUCUCAGCUACAAUCGGGUGGAAAGCGGGGUACACCCUGGACAAGUCGCCACUUCAUCGCAGGGCCAACACAGAUAGACAAGCAGCUUCCAUGAAAUGCUCAGUCAUUCACAAACAAGGACGGGGCGAGGGGUCACCACUUUGUGAACAAAUGUGUGAGCAAAUUGUCAAAGUUUUAGAACAACAGUUCUCAACAAGAUAUUGCAAGGAAUUUGGGCAUUUCACCAUCUACGGUCCAUAAUAUCAUCAAAAGUUUCAGAGAAUCUGGAGAAAUCCCAGCACGUAAGCGGCUAAGCCCGUGACCUUGGAUUCCUCAGGCAGUACUACAUCAAAAAGCCACAUCAGUGUGUAAAGGAUAUCACCACAUGAGCUCAAGAACACUUCAGGAAACCACUGUUAGUAACUACUGUUCAUCGCUAGUUAAAAUUCCACUAUGCAAAGCCAAAGCCAUUUAUCAACAACACCCAGAAACACCGCCGGCUUCGCUGUGCCCCAAGUUCAUCUAAAAUGGACUGAUGCAAAGUGGGAAAAGUGUGUUGUGGUCUGACGAGUCCACAUUUCAAAUUGUUUUUGGAAACUGUGGACGUUGUGUCCUCGGGAACAAAGAGGAAAAUAACCAUCCAGAUUGUUCUAAGCGCAAAGUUGAAAAGCCAGCAUCUGUGACGGUAUGGAGGUGUAUUAGUGCCCAAGGCAUGGGUAACUUACACAUCUGUAAAGGCACCAUUAAUGCUGAAAGGUACAUACAAAUUUUGGAGCAACAUAUGUUGCUAUCCAAGCAACAUUCUACGCAUGGGAGAGUGUGAAACAAAAUUUUGAUUCCUUUGUAUGUCUUCACAUGUAAAGAAAUUGACAAAUAAAGCUGACUUGACUGACUUGACUUGACAUUAUCAUGGACGCCCCUGCUUAUUUCAGCAAGACAAUGCCAAGCCACGUGUUACAACAGCGUGGCUUCUUAGUAAAACAAUGCGGGUACUAGACUGGCCUGCCUGUAGUACAGACCUGUCUCCAAUUGAAAAUGUGUGAAGCCUAAAAUACGACAACGGAGACUGUUGAACAACCUAAGCUGUACGUCAAGCAAGAAUGGGAAAGAAUUCCACCUGAAAAGCUUCAAAAAUUGGUCUUCUCAGUUCCCAAACGUUUACUGAGUGUUGUUUAAAGGAAAGGCCAUGUAACACAGUGGUAAAAAUGCCCCUGUGCCAACUUUUUUGCAAUGUGUUGCUGCCAUUAAGUUCUAUGUUAAUGAUUAUUUGCACACAAAAAAAAUAAGUUUCUCAGUUUAAACAUUAAAUCUCUUGUCUUUGCAGUCUAUUCAAUUGAAUAUAAGUUGAAAAGGAUUUGCAAAUCAUUGUAUUCUGUUUUUAUCUACAAAUUACACAACGUGCCAACUUCACUGGUUUUGGGGUUUUUUGUCGUUGCCAAGUCCCUCUGAUGGCCGCCAAGUUGUAAAAACCGCCAUCAUGUGGUGCAUUUGCCAGAGAAGCAACAUAACGCGUUUAGACCAAAUCUCACCCUUUUCGCUCAGUUAAAGGGGAACAUUAUCACAAUUUCAAAAGGGUUAAAAACAAUAAAAAAUCAGUUCCCAGUGGCUUGUUGUAUUAUUUGAAAUUUUUUUCAAAAUUUUACCGGUCCCGGAAUAUCCCUAAAUAAAGCUUUAAAGUGUCUUAUUUUCGCUAUCUUCGAAACCACUAUCCAUUUCCCUGUGACGUCACACAGUCCUGCCAAUACAAACAAACAUGGCGGUUACCACAGCAAGAUAUAGCGACAGUAGCUCGGAUUCAGACUCGGAUUUCAGCGGCUUAAGCGAUUCAACAGAUUACGCAUGUAUUGAAACAGAUGGUCGGAGUAUGGAGGCAGAUAGCGAAAACGAAAUUGAAGAAGAAAUUGACGCUAUUCGGCCAUAGCGUGGGUGUACCUAAUGAAGUGGCCCACAGCUUGGCUACCUUACUAGCAUGGCCGGUAAAAUGUGCGGACCACAUUUUAGGACUUUUGCAUCUUGUGACACUGGAGCAACUUAAAUCCGUCGAUUGGUAAGUGUUUGUUUCGCAUUAAAUGCGGGUAUCUAGUUUCAAAUGUACAUACAGCUAGCGUGAAUAGCAUGUUAGCAUCGAUUAGCGUAGCAUUUUAGCGUCGAUUAGCUGGCGGUCAUGCCGUGACCAAAUAUGUCUGAUUAGCACAUAAGUCAACAACAUCAACAAAACUCACCUUUGUGAUUUCGUUGACUUAAUGGUUGCAAAUGCAUCUGGAGGUUAUCCAUACAUCUCUGUGCCAUGUCUGUCUUAGCAUCGCCGGUCAAAUGUGAAGACACUCUGGUACAUUCAAUAGGGGUCUGGCGGCAGAUUUCUUGCCAGUGGUGCAACUUGAAUCCCUCCCUGUUAGUGUUGUUACACCCUCCGACAACACACCGACGAGGCAUGAUGUGUCCAAGGUUCCAAAAAAUAGUCGAAAAAACGGGAAAAUAACAGAGCUGAGACCCGGUGUUUGUAAUGUGAAAAUGAAUUUGGCGGGUGUGUUACCUCGGUGACGUCAUCGCUAAAAGACCGAUAAAAAGACAGGCCGAAAUUCACCCAUUUAGAGUUCGGAAAUCCGUUUUAAAAAUACAUGGUCUUUUUUCUGCACCAUCAAGGUAUAUAUUGACGCUUGCAUAGGUUUGGUGAUAAUGUUCCCCUUUAAAGGGGAACAUUAUCCCAAUUUCAAAAGGCUUGAAAACAAUACAAAUCAGUUCCCAGUGGCUUGUUGUAUUUUUUUAAAGGUUUUUUUCAAAAUUUUACCGGUCUCGGAAUAUCCCUAAAUAAAGCUUUAAAGUGCCUUAUUUUCGCUCUCUGCGAAGACACUGGCCAUUUCCCUGUGACGUCACACAGUGCUGCCAAUGUAAACAAACAAUGGGAAUACCACAGCAAGAUAUAGCGAAAUUAGCUCGGAUUCAAACUCGGAUUUCAGCGACUUAAGCGAUUCAACAGAUUACGCAUGUAUUGAAACAGAUGGUUGGAGUAUGAAAGUAUUGAAGAAUAAACUGAAGCUAUUGACGCUAUUCAUAGCCAUAGCAUGGCCGAAUAGCUGCGUUAGCAUCGCCGGUAAAAUGUGCGGACCAAACGAUCAGGACUUUCGCAUCUUUUGCCACUGGAGCAACUUAAAUCCGUCGAUUGGUAAGUGUUAUUUUCGCAUUAAAUGUGGGUGGAAGGAAACGUAAUAUAGUUACAAAUGCAUCUGCAGGUUAUCCAUACAUCUCUGUGCCAUGUCUGCAUUAGCGCCGCCGGUAAAAAGCAUGUUAGCAUCGAUUAGCGUAGCAUGUUAGCAUCGAUUAGCUGGCAGUCAUCAUCAACAAAACUCACCUUUGUGAUUUCGUUGACUAUAGUUGCAAAUGCAUCUGCAGGUUAUCCAUACAUCUCUGUGCCAUGUCUGUCUUAGCAUCGCCUGUAAAAUGUGGAGACACUCUGGCACAUUCAAUGGGGGUCUGGCGGCAGACACUUUGGCAUCUUCGGGCCAGUGGUGCAACUUGAAUCCCUCCCUGUUAGUGUUGUUACACCCUCCGACAACACACAGACGAGGCAUGAUGUCUCCAAGGUUCCAAAAAAUAGUCGAAAAAACGGGAAAAUAACAGAGCUGAGACCCGGUGUUUGUAAUGUGAAAAUGAAAAUGGUGGGUGUGUUACCUCGGUGACGUCAUCGCUAAAAGACCGAUAAACAGAAAGGCGUUUAAUUUGCCGAAAUUCACCCAUUUAGAGUUCGGAAAUCGGUUAAAAAAAUACAUAUAUUGACACUUGCAUAGGUCUGGUGAUAAUGUUCCCCUUUAAGGGUCGGCGCACACAAACACAUUGACAAAAUGACGACAUGUUUUUUAAAAUGGUCAAAAAUAGCUCAAACGGUAUUUAAUCUUGUUUGCGUUUUCAUGGUAAUUUAGCAGCGAUUUGAACGUAUGCUUUCAGACAUUGUUCAUAGAUGUCUGCUAUUUUAAGAUCUUUUAUUUAAGUGCCCUUAACCUCGUUUCAAGUGAUUUUGUUUAACUCCUCUCCAAGUUGAGUUCUACCUCACUAACACACAUUUUUAAAGCUCCAGUAUGCAUAUCACUCAAAAUGUUGAAAAUCUCCUUUUUGUCCUUGUAUAUAUUAUUUAUUUAUUUAUUUUAAGUGCAUUUGUUGGAUGUAGAUCAGAAGUUUUGAAUGCAUUUCCUGCCCCCUUGAAUUUGAUUGCAUUGUUUUCUGUGCAAUAUAGUUAGAUUUUUAGAGUAGUCCAUACAAGGAGGUGUACAUUGUAGUGUAGAUGUCAGUUUGGGAGCUGGUCAACAUGCCGGUUCCAUUGGGAUUGUAUCGGAGGACUUGACCCGCGUGUCCGGUCAUUACAGUCAUCCUGUAUGGGCACGCCACUCGUUCCCAGAAUGCACUUUGGGGAUUGUUGUGAUGCAUGUCCUCGCACUUUCUGGGCCAUAUUUCAAACGACUGUUGUGGCUUCCUCUUUUUUUUUGUGUGGUUUUCCUCUUCAAACAAAGAGUAGAAUAGUCUUUAAAGUGCAGGAACCAGAAAGUCCGUUAGCGUAACUGGAUUGUAAAAUACUGACAAAGAUAUUAAAGCUGUUUUUUUUCUUUGUUUA